UCUCCUCCAUCUUCUCAAGACUGUCAAAGUGCGAAGCCUGCGCUUUUGAGUUUCACUUUUCUGAUGUAACCCUGUUCACAACAUUGCUCUUUCAUGUGAAGUGUCGUCUGCGAUCCCAGUCUUCAAGGUCAUUUCUGGCCUUCAUAUUCCUCCUCCCACCCACCCCAUGUGUUGUUCCCUGGUCGUAGCACGCCUCUUUCCUCUCGGGUGUCUAUGACGUGAUCAUGUUGAGACGACCUUGGGUGGGCUUCUGGUCUGUUGUGAAGGCUGCUUCGAACCCCUCCUUCCCCAUACCACGUGUAUCCCAAAUCCCCGUUCAGUCGUCCAUUGGGGGGCGGGUGGAGGUGGGCGUGCGAUCCUUUCAUUUCAGUAGCGCAUGGCAGGCGGCUCAAAAUUACUAUCAGGCCUUGGGCGUGUCACAGAACGCCUCCCCGAAAGAGAUCAAGAAGGCGUAUUACGGUCUGGCCAAGAAAUAUCAUCCGGAUGUGAACAAAGACGAUCCCAAGGCCGCCAAAUUGUUCCAGCAAGUAUCAGAAGCCUAUGAGGUUUUAAGUGACCCAGGCAAGCGACAACAGUACGAUCGAUUUGGAACCUCCUCCGAUCAACAGAGCCAACAACAACAACAACAACAAGCGCGAUAUUCGUCCCAAAGACCGCCCGGUGCUCGAUCGCAGUGGAGUUACCAGUCAAACGUCGACCCUGAGGAGUUGUUCCGCCAGAUCUUUGGCGAUCUCCGCAACUUCCAACAAGGCGCCAAUCGUCGCUCGGAUUUCGGAUUCGGCACAAUCUUCGAGGACUUUUCCAAUUUUGGGUUCGGCCAAGCUCAAGAGACCGUCGUUCAUCUAACCUUUCAAGAAGCUGCCACAGGCAUCCAAAAGGAGAUCGACGUGGUCGAAGCAUCCGGAUCGACUCGAAGUCCACGGGUCGAGAAAAAACGUUAUACUGUGCCGAUUCCCGCUGGAAUCGAGGACGGACAGACCUUGAGGAUCAGUUUGGGCGGAGCUCAAGAGGUUUUCGUCACUGUUCGUGUGGAAGAAUCUUCUUAUUUCACCCGUGAAGGGUCGGACGUGCACACCAAGGCCGAUAUCUCGCUUUCUCAAGCCGUCUUGGGUGGGAUUAUCCGGAUUCAAGGACUCUACGAGGACUUGAAUAUUCGAAUCCCGCCGGGAACCUCGUCUCAUUCUGUGCUCACGCUAACCGACCGUGGUUUUAAGAGCCCAAAUUACGGCUACGGCAACCAUUACGUCCAGUUAAGAGUCCGGAUCCCCACUUUCUUAACGGCCGACCAACGAAAACUCAUUGAGGAAUUCGCUUAUCUCGAAAAAGAGACGCCGGGAACCAUCGAAGGGAUCGAUAAAUACGGAUCCAGGCCCAAAAAGAAGCCGAAGAAACCGGAUCCCCAACCGGAACCCGAACCUUCCCCUCAAGAUACCUCUGAAGAGCCUGAAGAAAAACCAGGCCUGAUUCAGUCCCUCAGAAACAAACUCAAAUCAUGGCUGAGCUUCCUACGAAUUUUGGGACGAGCACCCAAAAGAUUCAUCCACUUUUCCGCCAUCCAAAACCACCCAGAGUCUCCUGAUUACUACACAGUGCUAGGUUUGAAUCGAAGUGCCAAUGUGAGAGACAUUAAAAAUGCCUAUUUGAGCAAAGCUAAGAAUUAUCAUCCGGACAAUAAUAGCACUCCAGAGGCUGAGGUAAUGUUCCAUCUCAUCGCCGAGGCCUAUGAUGUCUUGGUGGAUCCGCAGAAGCGACAGAAUUAUGACGAAUUCGGAACGGUCGGAUACACUUUUGGGGGGCAAGCGAAUGGUCCCAGUCGACCCAAAGAUCACAUGACUGAGACCCCUGAGGAGAUCUUUGAAAAGAUCUUUGGCGCCAGUAAAGCUCCCGAGAUGGAUGACCACAAAGGUCACGAUUUUGCCGACAGUUUUGGGGGAUUUGAGAGCACUCGAGAAUACUUGGCAAGCAUGAGCUUUGAAGAAGCGGCUCGCGGAACCGACUACACCAUGGGUCUCUGUCUCCGGAUUAUUUGUCCCAAAUGUAAAGGGGAUCGAGCCGAACUAGGAUACACGUGGAAUGUGUGCAUGUUUUGUGAAGGCACAGGGACUGAGACUGAGAAAAUGGGCCACGUGCUCACCCGGAGAACUUGCACUUAUUGCAAUGGAACCAAGAAGUAUGUCAAACAUAAGUGCAUGGAGUGUGAGGGCACUGGGCAAGUCAUCCGGAAUUUUAAUUACAAAAUCCCAAUUCCACCCGGAACAGAAGACGGCCAAGUGUUGAAAUACCACAUUAACCCCGAGCUCUUGAAUAUCACCAUCGACCACGAUCCCUAUUUCUACGUCUACGUCACCGUUGAGCCUCAAAGCUGCUUCAAACGAGAGGAUCUGGAUAUCGUCUCUGAAGCGGAUAUCUCCAUCAGUCAAGCCAUUUUAGGGGGAACCACCGAGAUUCGAGGUCUCCACAAAGAAGAGCUUGAUGUCACCAUUCCUCCUCUGACUAGUAGUCACAAGCAGAUCACGAUAUUUGACGAAGGAAUCAUGCGAUCUGAUCGGAGUCUCAAAGGUCAUCAUCACGUGAAGAUUGGCAUACUUCCGCCCCAAAGGCUCACUCCCGAUAUGAAACGCAUUUGGCUGAAAUUCGCUAGUUUGGAGGCCUUGGAGGACGGUGUGGUGAAUGGAGUGGAACAUGAACUAGAUCAUAAGUAUAAGACGGCAGUGGUUGAGCCGAGUGAAGUGAAAAGGACGUUUAAUGUCAGGGUCAAGACAAGUAAAGAGCGAUAUCUGGCCCAACAAAGAGAGGGCACUUGGCGAGACAAGAUUCGGGAAUACUUGGAAGGAGCUCCAUAAGGCCGACAUUGCAGCUUGAUAUUCAUUCAGAACUUUUGACUAAAUAAACAAACUCUGUGAAAGAGGAAUCGGUAAAAGGUCAUCUGUGAAUUGUUUCUGAUCCUUUAUCAUUCUUUUAUUUUCAG